UCACGUUUUUCCUUUCUGGAGUAGUAGACUCCAGUUGCGCAUGAAUUUUCCCAGUGCUCCUUGUCUCAUUCACAGUUCCAUACACACGAAUCUCACAUUAUAGUAAAGCAAUGCAGAAAUUGCAUAACCAACAAUCUACAAUGAACCACCUGUCCCUUCAUUUCUCUCGAAUCUUCCAAGAACCUUCUUUAUUUUUAUUCCUUCUUUCUUCUCCUGAAAUAUCCCACCUCUUUGAUCAUCAUUCUCCUGAAAUAGCAGAGAACCAAAACUUCCGGCAACAAUUUAAGGAGAGAGAAUGGAAACUAUGGCGGACCGUUUCUUUCCUAAUGACAUGCUUAACUAUAUUCCAGAAGCUACGGUUAUCGCUUCUUCAUUACCCGAAUCAGGGGAUUCUCUCACUAGGCUUCUUCAUCUUCCCUAUAAAUCAGUCUGCGAAAUUUUGAAGAAAACCGCGUUGGUUAUUAAAGACGCUGUGGUGAGAGAAACGUGGACGAAGAGUGGUAAAAGGGUGCAAGAUUAUUCGCUUUACACUGGUGCUUUAGGGACUGCUUUGUUGCUGUUUAAAGCUUAUCAAGUGACAAAUAACAAGGGUGAUCUUGCUCUGUCAUCUGAGAUUAUUAAGGCUUGCGAUUCUGCUUCUCGUGGUUCCAAAAAUGUAACUUUCAUAUGUGGGCGGUCUGGCGUUUGUGCUCUUGGUGCUGUUGUUGCAAAACAAGCUGGUGAUGAACAGUUACUGGAUUACUACCUGACGGAGUUCAAACAGAUAAGGCUUCCUACUGACCUUCCAUAUGAGUUGCUUUAUGGAAGAGCCGGUUUCUUGUGGUCAUGCUCCUUCGUAAACAAGUAUGUUGGAGAAGGCACCGUAUCUAGUGCCACCAUGAGGGAAGUCAUCACAGACAUCAUGAAAGCGGGAAGAAAAUUAGGAAAGGGAAGAUGUCCAUUAAUGUAUGAGUGGCAUGGGAAAAAGUAUUGGGGUGCUGCACAUGGUUUGGCUGGAAUUGUGCAUGUAUUGAUGGAUAUGGAACUGACACCGGAGGAGCAAGAAGAUGUAAAAUCUGUGCUACGGUAUAUGAUAAGGGGUCGUUUCCCAAGUGGGAACUAUCCUUCUAGUGAAGGAAGUGACUCAGACCGUCUUGUCCAUUGGUGUCACGGUGCCCCUGGGUUAGCACUUACCCUAGCAAAAGCAUCUCAGGUUUUUGGAGAUAAGGAUCUGCGGCAAGCUGCUGUAGAUGCUGCAGAGGUAGUGUGGAAUCGAGGUCUACUUAAAAGAGUUGGGAUCUGCCACGGCAUAAGUGGAAACACCUAUGUAUUCCUUGCACUCUACCGUCUAACUGGAAAUGCUGAGUUUUUGUAUAAAGCUAAAGCAUUUGCAUGUUUUCUGCAAGAUAGAGCUAAAAGGCUCAUUGCUGAGGGGUUUAUGCAUGGAGGUGACCGCCCUUACUCGUUGUUUGAAGGAAUUGGGGGGAUGGCUUACCUCUUCCUGGAUAUGAUUGAACCUGCUCAAGCAGGGUUCCCUGCUUAUGACCUGUAGCUACAUAUCCGUCAUAAGGGCAUGUACAUGUGCUGUACUUUUGUAGAAAAAUACUCGACCACAGGACAAAAGUUUGUAAUUGACCACAGCUUAUAGGCAUACAUAUAGUCUAUAGAGAGUUCAGUAUCUUGUAUUCUGGCUUCUGUUUUUCUGUUGUUUAUCGAAUAAUGUUGAUUGUAAAUUUGGUCCUA